AUGAAUUAUAGUAAUAAUUAUAUUGAACAUCAAAAUAAAAAAAAAACCAUAAUCAUAUUUUUCCGACAAUUCAAAAAACAAAAACCGAUGCUACGCAUGGGUGUUCAUCUAGUUGUAAUUAAUAAAAACACAUUUAACUUUUUUAAUCGACAAAAUAAUUAUUUUAACUCUGGAAAAACUAAGAAGAUUUUUGUCAUCGACAGAUUCCUUGCGGUUCAUCAAAUCGUGAGGAAAAAGCUUCAGCUUGUUGGUGUUACUGCUUUGUUGCUCGCAUGUAAAUAUGAAGAAGUUUCAGUUCCAGUGGUAGAUGAUCUCAUCUUGAUCUCUGACAAAGCUUACUCUAGAAGAGAAGUGCUAGAUAUGGAGAAGCUAAUGGCCAACACCUUGCAAUUCAAUUUCUCUCUACCAACUCCAUAUGUUUUCAUGAAACGAUUUCUCAAAGCUGCCCAAUCUGACAAGAAGCUUGAGAUUUUAUCAUUCUUUAUGAUCGAGCUUUGCCUUGUGGAGUAUGAGAUGCUAGAGUAUCUUCCAUCUAAGCUGGCGGCCUCAGCAAUCUACACUGCUCAGUGUACACUUAAGGGAUUUGAAGAAUGGAGCAAAACCUGUGAGUUUCACACAGGCUACAACGAAGAACAGCUACUGGCAUGUGCGAGAAAGAUGGUUGCUUUUCAUCACAAGGCAGGAACAGGGAAGCUCACAGGAAGUACAACACAUCUAAGUUCUUUCAUGCUGCAAGAAGUGAACCAGCUGGGUUUCUGCUUUAAGGGAGGAAAAAACUAUAAUAAGAAUCUAAUAUGA